CGUGUUUUUGGUCCGAGGAAUUGAAACUCACACAGUCGCUGUGACUGAGAGCAGAAAUGGAGCAGAGUCAACUGGACCAAGAAACUUUCUCCUGUUCGAUCUGUCUGGAUCUACUGAAGGAUCCGGUGACGAUUCCCUGUGGACACAGCUACUGUAUGAACUGUAUUAAAAGCUUCUGGGAUGAAGAGGAUCAGAAGGGAAUCUACAGCUGCCCUCAGUGCAGGGAGACAUUCACACAGAAGCCUGCACUAAAGAAAAACACCAUGCUAGCUGCUUUAGUGGAACAGCUGAAGGAGACUGGACUCCAAGCUGCUCCUGCUGACCACUGCUAUGCUGGACCUGAAGACAUGGCCUGUGAUUUCUGUACUGGGAGGAAACUGAAAGCCAUCAAGUCCUGUUUAGUCUGUCUGGCCUCUUACUGUGAGAAACACCUUCAGCCUCAUUAUGAUGUGGCUCCUUUAAAGAAACACAAGCUGGUGGAGCCUUCCAAGAACCUCCAGGAGAACAUCUGCUCUAAGCAUGGUGAGGUGAUGAAGAUGUUCUGCCGCACUGAUCAGAAGUGUAUCUGUGCUUUCUGUUUACUGGAUGAUCAUAAAGGUCAUGAAACAGUGUCAGCUGCAGCAGAAAGGACUGAGAGGCAGAGAGAGCUGGAGGAGAGACGAGGAAACAUCCAGCAGAGAAUCCAGGACAGAGAGAAAGAUGUGAAGCUGCUUCAACAGGAGGUGGAGGCCAUCAAUCACUCUGCUGAUAAAACAGUGGAGGACAGUGAGAAGAUCUUCACUGAGCUGAUCCGUCUCCUCCAGAAAAGAAGCUCUGAUGUGAAGCAGCAGAUCAGAUCCCAGCAGGAAACUGAAGUGAGUCGAGUCAAAGAUGUUCAGGAGAAGCUGGAGCAGGAGAUCACUGAGCUGAAGAGGAAAGACGCUGAGCUGGAGCAGCUCUCACACACAGAGGAUCACAACCAGUUUCUCCUCAACUACCCCUCACUGCCAGCACUCAGUGAGUCUACACACUCAUCCAGCAUCAACAUCCGUCCUCUGAGACACUUUGAGGACGUGGCAGCAGCUGUGUCAGAGCUCAGAGAGAAACUACAGGACGUCCUGAGAGACUCAUGGACAAACAUCUCACUGAUGGUCACUGAGGUGGAUGUUCUACUGUCAGAACCAGGACCAACGACAAGGGCUGGAUUCUUAAAAUAUUCAUGUGAAAUCACAAUGGAUCCAAACACAGCUCACACAAAGCUGGUUCUGUCAGAGGGAAACAGGAAGGUGACAGCGAUGAAUCAACCUCAGUUUUAUUCAAGUCAUCCAGACAGAUUCACUGAUUACUGGCAGGUUCUGAGUAAAGAGAGUUUAACUGGACGUUGUUACUGGGAGGUGGAGUGGAGAGGGACAGUUUUUGUAUCAGUCGCAUACAAGAAUAUCAGCAGAGCAGGAGGUGGGAAUGACUGUGGAUUUGGAGGUCCAGUUUCCUCCAGAGUCGGAGUGUACCUGGAUCACAGAGCAGGUAUUCUGUCCUUCUACAGCGUCUCUGGAUCCAUGACUCUGAUCCACAGAGUCCAGACCAGAUUCACUGAGCCGCUACAUGCUGGAGUUUGGUUUCGCUGGACUGGAGACACUGUAGAGUUCUGUAAACCCACAUAGAUUUUCUCUCUGAUUGUUGGUCAGGGUUCAUUGUUCUUCUCUGCUCUGCUAUUCUUUAUUUUUCUGGUUUAAAUGUCAUUGUCUGUGUUCCAGGAGUCAUAAAGUAUAUCAUGGCUGAUUUUCUUUUCUUUAAUUUUUAUAUAACCCUGAAAUAUUUCUCCAUGGGCUGCACAGUAGCGCAGUUGGUAGAACUGUUGCCUUGCAGCAAGAAGGUCCUGGGUACGAUUCCCGGCCCGGGGUCUUUCUGCAC